CUAAUCGACAUUCGACAUGUGGGUUCUGUAAAUGUGAUUUUGGAAAUUAAGAAAAUAAACCAUGAAAAAAGAAAGUAGUAAUAAUAAACAGCAAGGGAGAAAAGCAAAGCAUAGGCUAUUUAAACCUAGAAAGAAACGUAGCGUUGAAGAAGAUGCUGCUAUACAAUAUUUACAGGGACAAUACGAUAAAAUUGUACCAGAAGAAAUUAAAACGUUUAAAGACUUUCCACUGUCUCAAAAAACUUUGAAGGGACUUAAAGAAAACAAUUUUUCAAUUCCUACUGACAUUCAGAGGCAAGCAAUCGGAUACGCUUUGCAAGGGAAAGAUAUUCUUGGAGCUGCAAAGACUGGUUCCGGAAAAACAUUGGCAUUUUUAAUUCCAAUAUUAGAAUUAUUAUUCUGUAAAAAAUGGACACGACUUGAUGGUGUUGGAGCACUCGUUAUAUCACCUACAAGAGAGUUAGCUUAUCAAAUUUAUGAAACUUUAAGAAAAAUUGGACAUAACCAUGAUUUUUCAGCAGGUUUGAUAAUUGGAGGUCAAAAUUUGAAGUUUGAACGUAAACGGAUGGACCAAAUUAAUAUUCUUAUAUGCACGCCUGGUCGCUUGUUGCAGCAUAUGGAUGAAAAUCCUCUAUUUGAUUGUAGCAGUCUUCAAAUUCUUGUUUUAGAUGAAGCUGACAGAUGUUUAGACAUGGGCUUUGAGCCGACAAUGAAUGCAAUUAUUGAAAAUUUGCCACCAAAAAGACAAACAUUAUUGUUUUCAGCUACACAAACAAAAUCUGUAAAAGAUUUGGCCAGACUCAGUCUAUCCUUCCCCACUUAUGUUGCACCGCAUGAGCAGGCAGAAACGGUGACACCAGAGUCAUUGCAACAGAGCUACAUUGUGUGUGAGAUUGAUGAAAAAGUGGGCAUAUUGUGGUCUUUUAUUAAGAAUCAUUUAAAACAAAAAGUUUUAGUUUUUAUGGCAACAUGCAAACAAGUGAAAUAUGUGUAUGAAUUGUUUUGUAAAUUAAGACCAGGUGUGAGCUUAUUGGCUCUGUAUGGCACUCUACAUCAAGAGAAACGGGAAAGGAUUUACCAAGAGUUCUGUAGAAAAUCAAAUGUUGUACUAUUUGCAACAGAUUUGGCAUCAAGGGGAUUAGAUUUUCCUCGGGUCAAUUGGGUUAUACAAUAUGACUGCCCUGAAAAUGUUGAGACAUACAUACACAGGGCAGGAAGAACAGCUAGAGGAGUUUUAGGGAAAGGAGAAGGAUUGUUAAUGUUAUUGCCUAAUGAAGAAAAAAUUAUUGAUGAUUUAAACAAGAGUAAAAUUCCAAUUAACAAAAUAUCUGUAGAUCCAUCAAAAGUCAUGUCUCCACAACGAAAAAUAGAAGCUCUUCUUUCAGACAACACAGAACUGAAACAGUCGGCUCAGAGGGCAUUCGUUAGCUAUUUAAAAUCUGUAUUCGUAAUGAAAAACAAAGAGAUUUUUAAUGUACAACUUCUAGAUACAGAUGCCUAUGCUAAGUCUCUAGGCUUAAUUGUUCCACCAAGAAUUAGAUUUUUACAAAAGUUAGAAAGAGGUAGGGCCAUGUUAAAAGCAAAGGAAAAUGCAGAGAGGGACAAUGCUAUUGAGAAACUAAAAACGAAAGCAUCUGAUUCUUGUACAGAGGAAAGUGAGUCGGAAGAAGUUGUUGAAGAAGAAGUAAUUAAACCUAAAAGCAAGAAGAAUGAUAUACCGACGUUUGAUUUCCACAAUGAUGCUGAUAGUGAUGAAGAUGACUUCCUUCAAGUUAAGAAAAAGAAUGUAGAAGUGGAACCAGCUGCAGUUGAAGAAUUUCCGUCAUCUAAAAAGAAAAAGCCACUCACGAAAGCAGCAGUCGCUAAGAAAAUCCUUAAAAAGAAAAUUAAAGUAAAUACAACAAUAAAGUUCACUGAAGAUGGUGAAGUUAUAGAAGAUGAAAAGAAAGAUGUUAAGUCAGAACUGGCCAAACAAUUUGUAAAUGAAAAUGUUGGCGGUAUAGACAUUGAGAAAGCUAAAGAAGUGCUGAAGGAGGAAGAUAAAUAUGAUAAAGAGAGGUUCAGGGAAAAAGUUAAAGCAAAGCACAAAGAGCAAAAACGAAAACUAAAGAAUAAGAAAAAAGAAGAAGAUGAAGGUGAAAAAGAUGAUUUUGGCAGUCAGUCAGAGUCUGAAGGGCCAGAUCUUUCAUGGCUUCCAGAUCCUGACAAGGUCUAUGAUAAGAAAAAUGAGAGUGGUGAUGAAGAUAGUGAUGAUGACAGGGAUAUUUUACAAUCUGAUGAUCAGUCAAUAUCCAGUGAUGGGGAUGAAGAAAAAUAUCACAGGCCAACAAAACGUAAAUUAAUUGCCAGUAAAGGAAUUCCACAAGAAAGUGUAACACCACGGAAAAUCAAGAAAAUUGAAGAUAUUUCUGCUACAUUAUCAGUCAAUGAGGCAGAAGCUCUGGCAAUGCAGUUACUUCAAUCGAAACGAAAAUAAUAAAUUAAAAUAUUAUCAUC